AUGCCCAUCUGUAUCGAAUGCCGGCACCCGGUGAAGACACUAUGGACCAAAUACUCCAAUGCCGACGACAAGUCAAGCGGCCACAACAUUCGCUUGACCGUUUGUAGGAACUGCGGCCAGUUCUGCGACAAGUACGUGGAGCACGAUUUCGUCGUGCUCUUCAUCGACCUCGUCUUGAUCAAGCCUCAGGUCUACCGCCAUUUACUCCACAACACACUGAUGAAAGACGACGACCGCUUUGAUUCUUCCAUCGUCCGGCUGGGCGUGCUUUUGCUACUCUUCGAUGUCUACCUGACUUGGGCCCGCAUUGAGAAGCAGACUGGUCCUAUGUCGGCCCAAGACGAGGGCGCAAACCUAGGAAGUCUGACGCAGCAGUCAAUCGUGUCGCAAUACAUGUUUUUUCGUACGUUCUUUGUUCCCUUUGCCGAUGCGGCUGCUUCCGUAGGAACUAAAGGUUCGCCUAACUAG